AUGUUAGCUCACUCAAAAGUGUGUCACAAAAACCCUAACCUUUUACAGAAAGAUCCCACACAAAGAAACCUUGUAAGUGGUGAUGCUGGUUUUUUAGGUUCAACAAGCCAAAGGUUCAAUUCUCAAGCAUGUAGGAAGGCUAUUACUUCCUUUGUUAUUCUUGAUGAGCAUUCCUUUAGAGUGGUAGAGGGUGAGGGUUUUAAGAAACUAUGCAAACAACUACAACCACAAAUUGCUAUCCCUUCAAGGAGGAUUGUUGCUAAGGAUUAUUUUCAACUUUACCUAGCCGAAAAGUUAAAACUUAAAGCCUUUUUUUAA